CUGCGGACCUUGGAGCCGGGGCCUGGUUACGCUGGGGCUCAUCUCUACCGAAAAUGUUUUCUCUGGGGUCCUGGCUGCCGGCGUUGCCCUGGCUGGCAUGGGGCUGGGCGCUGCUGGAUACGCUCCUGCAAGGGUUGGUGGGUGCCUGCGCCGUCUCGGUGCUCUGCAGCCUCCUGAAGGUUUAUCUCUACAUCCAGUGCCUGAACAACCCGGAGAGACAGGCGGAGAAGGAGGCGAUCCGGGCGCAGUGGUGGGUGCUGGAGCCGCUGCACGUGGUGGUGCUGACGGGCGUGCUGGCGCUGGUGGGCUCCCGCGUGGCCGCGCUGGUGGUGCUGGAGUUCUCCCUGCGUGCCAUCUCCACCGUCCUCUCCCUCAGCAAGGGCGCCCACAGCAGCCAGCUCUACCUGCUGUGCCAGUACUCGCUGGGCUGCGGGGUGUCCUGCGGCCUCAGCUUCUUGCUGGAAGGGGCUCCCCACGGGACCUGCAACCUGCUGCUGGCGGCGGGGCUGGCGGGGCUGCUGGCCACCUACGCCCGGCGUCUGGCUCGUCACGUCUGCACCCUCUACGAGCUGCACAGCCGAGCACGUUACUGCGGCAUCUGCAUCCUCCUCCUCGCCUCCGGUCACGGCAUCCCCCAGCUGCUCCGGAAUGCUUUGGCCGUCACCUUCACCGUGGCCGACCUGGCCGCCGUGGCACUCAUCAACCGGGAUUUCCUCUCCACGGCGGAGGCCGUUCGCUUCUGGACGCCGCUCACCAUCUGCUACACGCUGCUGGUCAUCUACAUGCAAGGCAGCCGGUUUACCAGACGGUGCUGGUACGGAUGGGCGGCCUCUUCAUCCUCCUCCUCACUGUCGGCCGUUGGACCGACGUCCUCCACGUCUUCAUCUCGCUGCUGGGAGAGCUCUGGUGUCUGCUCCGCGCCGGCAUCAUGCUGGAGGUGUGCCGGCGGCAGGUCCGGCCCUUCCACGGCUUUGGCGAUGCUGCCGGGGAAAGUGGAGAAGAGGAUCGCUUCAUCCGUCUUCAUCACCCUGGUGCCACCGCAGAGGGAGGCGGCUGCCAAGGAGAAAACCCAAAGGGAGACACGGUCAGACAGUGCCGAGGUCCCGGGCACCCAUCGCCCCCGGACCCCACCGCCGCAGCACCCCACGUUACCCAAUGGAGAAACCCGCCCAGCGGUCCCCAAGCCUUCGUCCCCGCCGGUCCUCGUUCUCUCUGAAGCGCCCCAGCCCUUGUCUGCAGAGGCGCUGGGUCCGGCACUGCAGCAGCUGGACCUUGCAGCACCUGCCAGCUUCCAGGCCCCUUCCGCCUUCCCCGCUGAAUUGAGGCCGCCCAAAUUUUGCCAGGAGCAAGCAGGCAAGCCGCAGUGGCAGGAUGCAAACGGGUACCUGGAGAGGGACAGCUCCAGAGACAUCUGUGCCUUCUGCCACAAAGCGCUGGGGCCCCGGGAGCCGACGGUGGAGGCGAUGCGGAAGCAGUACCACGCCGACUGCUUCACCUGCCGGACGUGUCACCGGCUCCUGGCUGGCCAGCGCUACUACCAAAAAGAUGGACGCCCCACGUGUGACACUUGCUACCAGGCCACGCUGGAGAAGUGCGCCAAGUGCCGGGGGCUGAUCACAGAGCGCAUCGUCCGUGCCCUGGGCAAGGGCUACCACCCUGGCUGCUUCUCCUGCACCGCCUGUGGCCGGGCCAUCGGCACCGAGAGCUUCGCUGUGGACGAGCAGGAUGAGGUGUACUGCGUGACCGACUUUUACAGGAAAUACGCUGCGAUUUGCAGUGCCUGCGAGCACCCCAUCGUCCCCCGUGAGGACAAGGACACCUACAAGAUUGAGUGCCUGGGACGCAGUUUCCACGAGAGCUGCUACCGCUGCGAGAGCUGCAGGACACCCCUGUCACCGGAGCCAACGGAGAACGGGUGCUACCCCCUGGACGACCACCUCCUCUGCAAGUCCUGCCACAUCCGAUGGCGAAACGAGUCGUCCUGCUAAAACCCCGCAGCUCAACGUCCAUCUUCCAGUGCUGGACACCAAAAAGGGGCCGUGGCCAGUCCUGGGUGCCUGCUGCACCCCCAAAUAGCUGCAGAACUGGGGUUUUCAUCACCAAAAUGUAGCUGGUACCCCUGUCCUGCCGGGCUGGCCAGGCAGAGAAGCGCAGAUGUGGUGUCCCAGCACGGCUCCGAGCUCAUAGCAAACAUAAAAAGCCCUGGCAGAGCAGCGGUGGCAGAGGAGCUGAGGUUUAGUUCACUUAUUUCUUUUUUUAAACUCCUUUUCCAAGGCCGGUUUGGUUUCCUUGGGUGUUUGGUUUUUUUUUUUUUUUUUUUCUUUCUUCUCAAGCUUCCUUGGGGUUUCACUUAAACAUGUGGUGACACAGAGAGCGGGCACUGAUUUAGUUACUCGUAGUUAAAUAAACCCCUGAGU